GCUUCGGGAGCGCGCAGCGCGGGACCGCUGUGCUGUGGCGACGGGGACGCAACUGAGGCGAGCGCCGCAGGUGACCGCGGUGAGGCGCCGGGUUCGCGGGCGGCUGAGGCGCUGUGGGCUGGAGGCGGGCCCUCGCUCGGCUCCUCUCACGGCCUCGGUGCUGCGGGCAGAGCGGACGCGGUGAGCCCGGGCCGGUGCCGAGCUUCGGAAUCCCCCUGACAGCCGGCGCCGCCCGCGGCCCUCAGCAUGCUCCCCGGGGCGAGGGUUUUCCUCCCGCCCGUGGGCUGAGCGGCGACGGCCGCUGCCGCAGACGCGGGAUGCACCUGCCGGGAGCGGCUUAGAGGACGCGGCCGGCGGGGAGUUCCAGCCGCCAGCCGGAGGCUUUCGUCGCCGUCAGCGCCGCUGCAGCCGCGGGCCCGAGCAGCAGCGUGGGGGGCGCCCCGCCAUGGCGGCCCGGAGCGCCCCGAGCUGCCACCUGCGGCUGGAGUGGGUGUACGGCUACCGGGGCCACCAGUGCCGCAACAACCUCUACUACACGGCGGCCAAGGAGAUCGUGUACUUCGUGGCGGGGGUCGGCGUGGUCUACAGCCCGCGGGAGCACCGGCAGAAGUUCUACCGGGGCCACAGCGACGACAUCAUCAGUCUUGCAUUGCAUCCUGAGAGAGUAUUGGUAGCAACAGGACAAGUUGGGAAAGAACCUUAUAUCUGUGUUUGGGAUUCAUACACUAUGCAGACUGUAUCAGUUCUAAAGGAUAUUCAUACACAUGGUAUCGCUUGCUUAGCAUUCGACUUAGAUGGACAGAUAAAGAAACUGAGACUUAGGUUAAAUUACUUGCCCCAGGUUACACAGCUAGUAAAUGAAACCAGAGCUGGAACUCAGCGCUUGGUCUCUGUUGGACUGGACUCAAAGAAUGCAGUUUGUGUUUGGGACUGGAAAAGGGGGAAGGUAUUAUCUAUGGCUCCUGGACACACAGAUAGAAUAUUUGAUAUUUCUUGGGAUUUGUACCAGCCAAAUAAACUUGUCAGCUGUGGUGUAAAACAUAUCAAGUUUUGGAGUUUAUGUGGAAAUGCUCUAACCCCAAAACGAGGAGUCUUCGGUAAAACGGGUGACCUUCAGACAAUAUUGUGCCUCGCCUGUGCUCGAGACGAGCUAACAUAUUCUGGUGCACUCAGUGGAGAUAUAUAUGUCUGGAAGGGAAUCAAUCUUGUACGAACAAUUCAAGGCGCCCAUACUGCAGGAAUUUUUAGCAUGAAUGCUUGUGAAGAAGGCUUUGCUACUGGUGGCAGAGAUGGCUGUAUUCGUCUUUGGGAUUUAACUUUUAAACCAAUUACUGUGAUUGAUCUCAGGGAAACAGAUCAGGGAUAUAAAGGUUUGUCUGUGAGGAGUGUUUGUUGGCGAGGUGACCACAUUUUAGUUGGAACACAGGAUAGUGAAAUUUUUGAAAUUGUAGUACAUGAAAGAAAUAAACCUUUCCUAAUUAUGCAAGGCCAUUGUGAAGGUGAACUUUGGGCACUUGCUGUCCAUCCUAAUAAACCUUUGGCUGUGACAGGAAGUGACGACCGUUCAGUCAGGAUUUGGAGCUUAGUAGAUCAUGCAUUAAUAGCAAGGUGUAAUAUGGAAGAACCAAUUCGUUGUGCAGCUGUAAAUGUAGAUGGAAUCCAUCUUGCACUUGGAAUGAAAGACGGUUCAUUUACUGUACUUAGAGUAAGAGAUAUGACAGAAGUUGUACAUAUUAAAGACAGGAAAGAAGCAAUUCAUGAGUUAAAAUAUUCACCAGAUGGAACUUACCUUGCUGUUGGCUGCAAUGACAGCUCAGUUGAUGUUUAUGGAGUUGCUCAGCGUUAUAAAAAAGUUGGUGAAUGUGUUGGGUCACUUAGUUUCAUCACUCAUCUGGACUGGUCCUCAGACAGUAGAUAUUUACAGACAAAUGAUGGAAAUGGAAAAAGACAUUUUUAUAGGAUGCCAGGAGGAAAAGAAGUGACAAAUAAAGAAGACGUAAAAGGUGUUCAUUGGGCUUCAUGGACAUGUGUUUCAGGCCUUGAAGUAAAUGGAAUUUGGCCCAAGUACUCAGAUAUCAACGAUAUAAAUUCAGUAGAUGGAAAUUAUAUUGGCCAAGUUUUAGUUACAGCUGAUGACUAUGGAAUUAUAAAAUUAUUCCGAUAUCCAUGUUUAAGAAAAGGGGCCAAGUUCAAAAAAUAUUUUGGCCACUCAGCGCAUGUAACUAAUGUCAGAUGGUCACAUGAUUAUCAGUGGGUUAUUUCUAUUGGUGGAGCAGAUCAUUCUGUCUUUCAGUGGAAAUUUAUUCCUGAAAGAAAACUAAAAGAUGCUCUUCACAUAGCACCCCAAGAAAGUCUGGCUGAUUCUAACAGUGAUGAAUCAGAUUCAGAUAUGUCUGAUGUUCCAGAACUGGAUUCUGAAAUUGAACAGGAGACACAGCUCACCUACCGUCGACAGGUUUACAAAGAAGAUCUACCUCAGCUUAAAGAACAAUGCAAAGAGAAACAAAAAAGUGCUACUUCUAAAAGAAGACAACAGGCUCCAGGAAAUAGUAUUCGACUACACUUUGUUCAUGGAUACAGAGGUUAUGACUGUCGAAGUAAUUUAUUUUAUACUCAAAUUGGUGAAAUUGUAUACCAUGUGGCAGCAGUGGGUGUCAUUUAUAAUCGGCAGCAGAACACACAGCGCUUUUACUUGGGUCAUGAUGAUGAUAUUCUUUGUCUGGCCAUUCAUCCUCUGAAAGACUAUGUGGCAACAGGCCAGGUAGGUCGGGAUCCCUCGAUUCACAUAUGGGAUACAGAGACCAUUAAACCUUUGUCAAUAUUAAAGGGCUACCACCAAUAUGGUGUCUGUGCAGUUGAUUUUUCAGCCGAUGGGAAACGUUUGGCUUCAGUUGGAAUAGAUGAUAGCCACACUAUUGUGCUGUGGGACUGGAGGAAAGGAGAGAAACUUUCAAUAGCAAGAGGAAGUAAAGAUAAGAUUUUUGUUGUAAAGAUGAAUCCCUAUGUGCCUGAUAAACUAAUUACUGCUGGAAUUAAACACAUGAAAUUUUGGCGUAGAGCAGGGGGAGGAUUAAUUGGAAGAAAAGGAUAUGUAGGCACACUGGGGAAAAACGACACCAUGAUGUGUGCAGUGUACGGAUGGACUGAGGAGAUGACCUUUUCUGGAACAUCCACAGGAGAUGUGUGUAUCUGGAGGGACGUCUUUCUUGUAAAAACAGUUAAAGCACAUGAUGGGCCAGUGUUCAGUAUGCAUGCACUGGAAAAAGGAUUUGUAACAGGAGGAAAAGAUGGUGUAGUAGCUCUUUGGGAUGACUCCUUUGAAAGAUGUCUCAAGACCUAUGCUAUAAAAAGAGCAGCUUUGGCCCCAGGAUCUAAAGGUCUUCUCUUGGAAGAUAACCCAUCUAUACGUGCCAUAUCAUUGGGACAUGGUCAUAUUUUAGUUGGAACAAAGAACGGUGAAAUACUAGAAGUGGAUAAAAGUGGCCCAAUAACACUUCUGGUCCAGGGACAUAUGGAAGGAGAGGUGUGGGGUCUGGCUACACAUCCUUAUCUACCCAUUUGUGCUACUGUAAGUGAUGAUAAAACCUUAAGAAUAUGGGAUCUUUCACCUAGUCAUUGUAUGUUGGCUGUCCGGAAACUAAAAAAGGGUGGGAGGUGUUGCUGUUUUUCUCCUGAUGGAAAAGCUUUAGCUGUAGGUCUCAAUGAUGGAAGUUUCUUAAUGGCAAAUGCAGAUACUCUAGAGGACCUUGUGUCUUUCCAUCACAGAAAGGAUAUUAUUUCAGAUAUUCAAUUUUCACCUGGUUCUGGGAAAUACCUAGCUGUGGCUUCGCAUGACAGCUUUGUAGAUAUAUACAACGUGAUAAGCAGUAAGCGGGUAGGAAUAUGCAAAGGAGCGACCAGCUACAUAACUCACAUUGAUUGGGACAGCAGAGGAAAGCUUUUACAGGUCAACACUGGUGCUAAAGAACAGUUAUUCUUUGAAGCUCCUAGAGGAAAAAAACAAACCAUCCCUAUUGUGGAGGUGGAAAAAAUUAGUUGGGCAUCAUGGACCAGCGUGCUUGGUGUGUGCUGUGAGGGAAUUUGGCCAGUAAUUGGAGAAGUCACAGAUGUCACUGCCUCUUGCCUCACCAGUGACAAAAUGGUCCUAGCUACAGGGGAUGAUUUGGGAUUUGUGAAGUUAUUUAGAUAUCCUGCUAAAGGAAAAUUUGGAAAAUUUAAGAGGUAUGUGGCCCACAGUACACAUGUCACAAAUGUUCGCUGGACUUACGACGACAGCAUGCUGGUUACCCUUGGAGGUGCAGAUAUGUCUUUAAUGGUGUGGACAAAUGAAAUGGAGAGCUAUCGAGAGAAAAGGAUUUGUGACAGUGAAGAAUCUGAUACAGAUUCUGAAGAAGAUGGAGGCUAUGAUAGCGAUGUUACAAAGGAGAAUGAAAUCAGUUAUAACAUCAGAGCCUUAUCAACAAAUAUUCGCCCAAUGUUUGGAAUCAAGCCUCAUUUGCAACAAAAAGAACCCUCAGUUGAUGAGAGGCCUCCAGUGAGCAGAGCUCCACCACAGCCAGAGAAACUUCAAACAAACAAUGUUGGCAAGAAGAAGAGACCCAUAGAGGACCUUGUAUUGGAGCUUGUUUUUGGUUAUCGAGGCAGAGACUGCAGGAAUAACGUACACUAUUUAAAUGAUGGUGAUGAUAUAAUUUAUCACACUGCAUCUGUUGGAAUUCUUCACAAUGUUGCUACAGGGACUCAGAGUUUUUAUCAGGAGCAUAAUGAUGAUAUUCUGUGCCUCACUGUAAAUCAGCACCCCAAAUUUAUCAACAUAGUGGCAACUGGCCAAGUAGGUGAUUCAGCAGACAUGUCAGCCACAGCACCUUCUAUCCACAUCUGGGAUGCGGUGAACAAACAGACUUUAUCUAUCCUAAGAUGUUACCAUUCAAAAGGAGUGUGUUCAGUCAGCUUCAGUGCCACCGGCAAACUGCUGCUGUCUGUGGGACUGGACCCCGAGCAUACCAUUACCAUCUGGAGAUGGCAGGAAGGUGCCAAAAUUGCCAGCAGAGCUGGGCACAACCAGCGUAUUUUUGUAGCAGAAUUCCGACCAGAUUCAGAUACCCAGUUUGUUUCUGUGGGAGUAAAACAUGUGAAGUUCUGGACACUGGCAGGAAGGGCCCUUCUUAGCAAAAAAGGGCUGCUGAGCACACUGGAAGACGCCCGGAUGCAAACCAUGCUCGCCGUGGCUUUUGGUGCAGUACCAUCAGUGGUGACGUGUGUGUGUGGAAGGAUCACAUACUGUGUAGAGUCGUGGCCAGAGCUCACAACGGGCCUGUGUUUGCCAUGUACACCACCCUGCGAGACGGACUUAUUGUGACUGGUGGCAAGGAAAGGCCGUGAGUUCUUUUUCUUUCUGUAGCCUGAGCGCUUACACCUCUGCCGGACCCAGGUUUGCAGUUAGGUGCUGCUGCCGUCUCUGAGCUCCACAGCCACUGUGGCCGGCCACGUUCCACACAUGCUUUCCGUAGGGCCUGACGUUGCCUUCUCUGGAUUCUUAUUCCUGGUCUUAAAUCACAUCCAUGUGUUUUAAACCUGGACUCCAGGAGGGGUGGUGCUGCUUCUGUCACGUGGCCAGGCCAGGCGAUGGUCCUACAAACUAAGAGCGGAUUUUCCUUGCGAGCCAUGGUGAUGCAUGCCAGUCAGCUAGUGUGAGGCAGGAGGAGCUCAGGUUUAAGAGCAGCCUGGGCAAGUUAGGAAGACCUUGUCUCAAAAGUACAUUUUAAAAAGCAUGUCGCCCACAGGCAGUGUUUGUCCCUGAUGCAUGAGGCCAUUGGUUCAAUCCCCAGGAAGUAAAACUGAUCUCCCUACUGUAUGCCAGCGUCAGUACUUGGUGCGCAAAGGGGGCGUGUGGGAGUGUUUACCCCUGAAGCGGACUCUCCUGUGGACACUCGGAGCUGAGGGACACAGCACACAGUGGUGGGAGAAAGCCACGAGGGUGUCUCACAGACUUGUUUGCUUUCUGCUUGAGGCAAGCUUGUUACAUAAACUGCUUCCUUUCUACAAGACCUCAAAAUGUAAACAUGAUGGAGUAGUUCUAGUUCUCCCAACAGUAACCACACUCAGGUUACAGCACAGUCAUCUGCAUGUUGAAAUGUGACAUGUAAGUGACUAAAACUGUAAGGUAAAUACAAUUGUGUAUUUCCUUUUUCUUUUUCUUUCUUUUUUUUUUUUUUUUUUGUGGGUAUCAGGAAUCAAACUUAGGACCUUGCAAUGGCCAGGUAGGCACUGCAUCACUGAGCUAUAUCCCCAGCCCUAUGAAAGAUAACUAUUAUAGUACACAAGCAUGUUUCAUCCUAAGACAAGCAAAAUCAUCUAACAAAAUGAAGGACAUCUUUGAGUUAUCUGAAGAGAAAAUGAAUGAAUGAAUGAGGAAAACUAAAAACAAGCUGGUUGUGGUAGUGCACGCCUGUAAUUCUAACACUCGGGAGGCUGAGGCAGGAGGACUGCCACUACACAGUUUAAAGCUGGCCUGACCUACAUAGCAAGACCCUGUCUCAAAAAAAAAAAAAAGUGGGCUAUAAUUUCUGAAUAUUACUCCAACGUGUGUCCCACAUCGCCAUGUUUUGUACACUCAGUAACCCACUAACCUGUUUGCAUAAGUUCCAUAGGUAGAAAAAAAAAAGUUUUUCCUCAGUCCUGAGACUUGAUCCCAGAACCUUCCUACUGAGCUCUAUCUUUAGCCCCUUUUGAGACAAGGUCUCACUAAGUGCUCCCCAGCCAGGCUCAAAUUUGCAGUCCUCCUGCUUCACCCUUCCAGAGUGCAGGGGUUAUAGCUGUGUGCCAUCACAGCCUUAAAAGUAAUCCACAGCAUAGCAUCUGUAACCUUACCUCACUUUGCAUGUUACUUUUCAUGUUAAAAAUUACUUUGUAUCUUUCUUAAGUAUUACAAGAGGAUAAUUUAUGAUAAAGGCUAAUAAAAAUAUUCUCGUGUCAGAAAAAAUACUUCACAAAAUAAAAUGUACAGAAACUGAUUUUCCUUCUGAGAUGCAUUAUAUCCUGAAAUUGCCACUGGAUGUUUAAGAUAAAUUACAAGUAUCAAGGCUUUUAAAAUAUUCUGCUUCGAACUCAGUACACUCAGGACACAGUAACUCAGAGUAUUUGUAGUAGUAACAAACUCUUUUCCGGGUAUGGCUUUUCAUUAGGUCAAAGGAAGGAGGCGCAGUUAAACUGUGGGAUCAGGAGCUGAGGCGAUGCCGGGCCUUCAGGCUCGAGACGGGCCAAGUCACAGACUGUGUUCGCUCCGUGUGCAGAGGCAAAGUAAGACGAUCCUGAGCCCAUCCGGGCAGAAGCAGCUGGAAAAGUUUUUCUCUGAUUCUGUCACCCUUGUAACUCACGAGCAGUGAUAAUACAGAAUGACAGUUUGCUUGGCCAUCACUCUGCAGUCUCCAUAGGUGGGGCCAGUGCAAUGCAGACCAAAAGCGUCCUCUGAACACUGUAUCUAAACCCCCAUGCUGUCGUCAGUCUGCUAACUCGGCUGUGGUGGUCCACAAGCUGAAAACCCUUGCCUGUUAAUGCAUGUGAUUAGAGCAGCUGUCUUCAUUUAACAUUAUAUAUGUCAUAAAAA